AUGAUAGCUGCAGUGGUUCUUAAAUUUUUACAACAUAUGUCAUAUUACCAAAAAUUAUUAAAUGUGGACUCUAAAAUGGAGAAAUUUGCAACUGAAAAAACAAUAGAGGAUAAAUUAGGUAGAAUCGUGACGGAUAAUGCAAGUAAUAAUGUGGCCGCAUUUGAUAAUCUACGGUUACCCGAUUUCGAUAAUUAUUUUAACAAUAAUAGUGAUCUUGAUGAGAGUGACACUGAAAAUGAUCAUAAAUUCACAUUAACAAUAAUAACAGUAACAACCACAGAUAGGCAGGAUAGGAACGGUGAAGAAGGCGAGGAAAUGGAGGUGAAUAGUAAAGAUGAGGAGGAUAUUGAUAAUGAAUGUGAAACAUCUGGAGUCAUUGACACAGAUAACAUUGUAGCUGAUCUGCCUGAUCAAGAUUUAGCUCUUUCUCGCCGAUAUAGAUGGAGUUCUCAGUUUCAUACGGUCAAAGCUGUUUAUAGCGUACCACAAUCGGAACCAAAUCCAACCCUGAAUGAUUUGAACAGAAGUGAAAUGAUUCUGACUUCCACUGAUAGACAAGUAUUAAGUGAAUUUAUUCAAUUACUAGAACUGUUUGAAGAAGUAACUAUGAAUACACAAGGAGAAAAUCAUGCUACUAUUAGUUGCUUGAUAGAAAGUUUGUUAACAUUAAUGAAAGAAAGAUCUAGUGGACUAUUGAUACACUUUAAGAUUGAUGCUCCAACUAAUCAACAUUCAAUGUCGGAACGAUUUUCCGAUCUUAUAUUUCUUGUCGCGCCUAUAUUAGAUGCUUGUUUUGAGAUGCAUUGGUUAAAUGCUAUUGACUUAACGGAUGAUGUUAAAAAGACCGUUAUAGAAAAAAUAUGA